AUGCAGGGCGGCGUCGAUGGUUCAGAAGCGUCGCUCGCGCCUCUCACAGCCUACGUCCUCAUAUCUCUUCUGGAAGGGAAUCUAACAGUGGACCGCGCAGGUUAUAGCAAAUGCCGUCACUUGCAUCACCACAGCCACCCACGAGAACACACCUAUAUCAAGGCCCUGACGGCAUACGCUCUCUCCUUGGCAGGCGACAGCAGCGCUGCUGUUACGCUCAUUUCAGAUGUGUACAACAGUUUGACAUCAGGAAGUCCAGGUUUGUCUCAAGCGCUGACAGUUGAAGCAGCAGCCUACCUCCUUCUGGCCAUGCUGAGUGAAAAUCCAGGAUCCUACACUACCUGGGAGUCCGAUAUUGCCAAGCUUAUAUCAACUUACCACAAUGGACAGGGAGGCUUCGUCUCGACGCAGAUUAGUUCUCUUGGUCAGUGGGGCAGUGAUGAAUGGUCGACCUUCAGUGAAGCCUUCCCGCCGACAGAAACAGACCUCUUCAUAUCAGUCACUGCUGGAAGUCAGCCGUUUGACAUUGAGAUAAAUUCAGAGAACCGUCUUCUCCUGCAGACCAGCUACGUCACGGACGAUCCACCUUUUGAAGUUACUGUGACACCGUCUGGGAGUGGAUGCGCUCUCGUCACGAUUAUCCACCAGUACAACGUCAAAGAAGAGCCAGAGAGCUCUGCUUUUGCAGUGUCUGUCAAGACAGUCCGAGAAAGCUGCUCUUCUAACAGUUUCCUGCAAAUUUGUGCUUCUUACACCAAUGAGGACUCCGUAUCCAACAUGGCUGUUAUGGAGGUCGACCUCCAAACAGGAUACUCGGCAGAUGAGGAAGACUUGAGAGGUCUCGUCGCUCAGCAAGUCAUCAAGCGUUACGAGGAGAGAGAUGAGAAUGUCUUCCUUUACCUGGAAUCGGUCGGUAGCUCCGAAGUUUGUAUCUCCUUCCACGUCCUGAAGGGCUUCGAAGUCGAAGGCCUUCUGCCCGGUACCGUCACCCUCUACGAUUAUUACACACCUGAAUUCACGCUGACUCAGUCAUUCGAAAUUGAAGACACAUGUCAGUCAGCGUGAAGUGUGUGAUUGGCUCCUUUUGGUAAACGAUGGAUGGCAAAUGACUCCACUACAAUAUAUGAAAAAACAAUAAAAAAGAUAUAUAUAUAUUAAAGUUAUCGGUCUUAGAGAUGCAGCGCAUUUUUGACAAAAAUGUUAAAUGUUUUUAUUGGUCAUUAUUUCUGAUUUUAUCGGACUAGAAGCCUUCCUCAUUUGAUUUCCCAAGGUACAUCAAUAACCUGGCGAUCAUUUCCUUGUUUCAUGGCCAAUUUCCAAGGAAAAUGUGAAAAAUAAAACGGCUUGUUUAAAAAAAAAUGACUUUGACAGAAAUAUCAAACUGUUCUGUGCACCUGGUAUGACACUUUUGCCUUUCGUCUAGUGGUUAAGUCACACGCAUUUUCUCUUUCCUUCCCUUCCACCCCCCUCCACCCCCGCCCCCUCUUUCAGAUUUAUCAGUCUUCUCCUCUCACCAACCUUCCGAACUGAUUUUAUCAUCAUUCACCUUUGAAUGUCAUAUAUUCAAACGGUCGCCACUAAUUUGCAACAUCGGUGUUUCUGAAUGAAUCAGUUUCUUCCAUUGUCUCGUCUGAUUUAUCAUCAAACUCUUUUGUUUGGUUCAAUAAUAAAACAAUAUUUUGAUUGUUUGGUUAGCUUUAAUGGUGGAGGAGUUACAGAGUGCUUUUAUUCUUUAUUAUUAUCAUUGUUAUUAUUCAGUACUAGAUGAACCCUCUCCAUAUCUAACAAGCCCACCAAAGGGGCCACUGAUUGAAAUUCAAGCUUCGAAAGAAUAUUAAGGUGUUCAUUUAGAAUAAGUAAGAGAAAGUAAAGUGGAACACAGAAAGAAGAGAUCCCACCUAUUAAAAGAAAAUGACUUAAUCAAUAGAUAAAUAAAUAAAAAUGCAUUAAAAUGCAAGAGGAAUAGUAUUAGAGUAGUAAUGCUUUGCAUUUUCGCUUGCACUUCUGAAGUUGUAAUAAACUAAGCAACUCCACCAACCCAUUACAAUUGUUAUUUGAAAAGGAUUCCAAGAUCAUGGAUCUUGAAUAAGUAUCAAACUUUAGUAUCAAUUAAGACCUUAUUAAUUAUUCUAUCAUCCACUUUGCAUUCUAACUUACGAAAUGGUUAUGUCACUUUCAGUAGUUUUAUAAUCCAUUAUUGUAUCUUUAGUUGAAUAUGAAGUUAUUUUUUAUAUUUUCU